ACCUAGGGCCGCGCUCUCCCCGCGAGCGACUGGGAAGCCGCAUGGGUCUCACUGCCAGUCUCCGGAGGUGGGGGUGCGUGCACCGUCCGCCAAAAAGUAGGACCAUGGAGCGGUUCGCGGUCUCAGUGCAGGCGCGGUCCGUGGCUGUCACCAGGGAAAGGAAGCAGAGAGCUGGCACAGCGGAAAUGGCCCUGGUGCCCUAUGAGGAGACCGCGGGAAUGGGGUUGCAGAAAUUCCACAAGCCUCUCGCCACCUUCUCCUUCGCCAACCACACCAUCCAGAUCCGCCAGGACUGGAGGCAACUGGGGGUCGCAGCCGUGGUUUGGGACGCGGCCGUCGUCCUCUCCACGUACCUGGAGAUGGGAGCCGUGGAGCUCAGGGGCCGCUCUGCUGUGGAGCUGGGUGCUGGGACGGGGCUGGUGGGCAUCGUGGCUGCCCUGCUGGGUGCUCAGGUGACUAUCACGGAUCGAAAAGUAGCAUUAGAAUUUCUUAAAUCAAAUGUUGAAGCCAACUUACCUCUGCAUAUUCAACCCAGAGCCGUGGUUAAGGAGCUGACUUGGGGACAGAAUUUGGGGAGCUUUUCACCUGGAGAGUUUGACCUGAUACUUGGAGCUGAUAUCAUAUAUUUAGAAGAAACAUUCACGGACCUUCUGCAAACUUUGGCACAUCUCUGUGGCAGCCACUCCGUGAUUCUUUUAGCUUGCCGAAUCCGCUACGAACGGGACAACAACUUCUUAGCCAUGCUGGAGAGGCAAUUUUCCGUGAGUAAGGUUCACUAUGAUCCUGAAAAAGAUGUACAUGUUUACAAAGCCCAGAAGAGAAACCAGAGGGAGGGCUUAUAGUUGGCUGUAAUUUAUAGGAAUGUUGUCAUUAAAUGUGUCAAUUAAGGUGUUAGCAGGGGGAAUCUAACCAUGUUUAAUGAAAUGGCUUACUGUACAAAAAGUCUAACCAAAGGUUCUCGAGGAACAAACUGCUGUGAUUUUAUAGUCAUAUUUCACUCACUCUGAAACUCUAACAUUAAGAGGAAGUGUGAGCUUUGGUUCAUGUUGUUUCUGUAUCCCAUAUGCUGCCUCCUGAUAAGCAGUUUUCACUGAUACCAUGAAGGGCUGGCGUAUUGGCAUCUUCAAAGCAGUGAGCUUGUUUUGCUUUAGUGAGAGGCUAAGUCAUGCAAAUAACUUUAAACACAUUCUGAGAUAUAUGUUUAGCCCAUUUUUUUCUAAUUUUCUGAAUAUAAAACAAGUUUAACAUAUAUUCCCUGAGCUGUUAAUGCUUUCGAAACCUUUUGUCUGCCAGUUUCAGUCAAAUAAUUUUGGUGGUUUGAGAUUGGGGUGCAAGUUUUCUACAGUCUCAUAGCAUGCUUUUUGAAUUAAUGUCAGAUGUAGGUCUAUGAACAAAGGAAUCAGUAAAAAAUAAUGUUUUAGUUACUUUUGAAAGCAUGUAAAAUCUUGGACCUCCAUGUGCUGUGACUAGGUUAUCAUCUUCAUAAAGCAAAAGCCAUAGCUUUUCCCUUCACCUUUCCCGUUUCUCAAAUGUCUUUGUAGUUCUUUCUUAGGCUUUCCCUGCCUCCUCAUAGUGCAUAGGAUGACAAUGAAAGUUUUAAAUCUCACCCCUGCAUGAGAGUUUAGUCUCCAAGGACAAGUUCCUUUCGUAGAGUACUUGUCAUUGCUUGUUUGGAUUCCCCGGAACACUGUGCGCUUCCUGAGGGCCAGGAAUGCUCUUUUAUUUUGCCUCCCCAGUGUCUAGUAGUAAAUUUGUUGAGUGAAAAAGAUACAUUCCAUUUAGACGAUAUUGAUCUUUGGGUUAAAUGAUUGCAAUGUUGUUUCAUGAUUAUCUUUGAUGAAAGAAGUCGCACACCCAGUAUUGCCCUAGCUGGUUUGGCUCAGUGGAUAGAGCGUUGGCCUGUGGGACUGAAGGGUCCCAGGUUUGAUUCCUAGUCAGGCACAUGCCCAGAGUGUUGGCUCAAUACCCAGUCGGAGGCAUGCUGGAGGCAGCCGAUCAAUGAUUCUCAUAUUUAAUGUUUCUCUCUCUCCCUCCCUUCCUCUUUAAAAUCAAUAAAAAUAUUUAAAAAUAAAGGUGAAUUAAAAGUUC